GCCAGUAAGUGGACAGUGCCCCAAAGGGAUACCAGAAUGAAUCCUGCACCUCUCCUGUAGGAAAUCCAGACUGCCUUCUGACCCCAGGCCAGGAGGAGGGGGAGCUGGGUUCCCAUCACCUUCAAGGGGUUGCAAAUGGUUUAGAAAAGCCUUGAGGAAUGAGGGACCACUGUGUGGAGACAGGAGUGAAUUAGAAACACAUGAAACAUCCCAACCCUAAGGAAAUCUCACUUGUUAGCCCUCAGUUAAAUUAGAAGUCCAUUGAGGUGAUCCACUCAUGGCUUCUUGGAGCUUUCUGCCAUGUCUGAAGCCACUCAGUGAGAGGCACUGUCUUUCCAAACCUUCUAGAGUCAGCCAGCCCAGUCACUUAGCACAGUAAUUGUUCUGAGGAAAAGCUGAAAUCCACCAGAGAUACUGAAAGUGGUUAGUUAGAUAGUUUUCCAGGGAGUCAUGGAGUCUUUUACCUCUGGUGGACACAGGGUUUUAUGAUUGGCUCACUCCAAACUUUAAACAUUGUGAAAUGUUACUAAUAUGGCAGCCUUGUUUGUAUGUUCUAUUUGUAGCUACAUCUGUAAGGCAAUUAUAAAGGCCACCUCUCUGGAAAUACAAGAAGUGCUGAGUCUCAGGAUCAAACAGCUGUUGAAUGACACAUACAAAGAGGGACCAUUAUCCUUGUGUGUCAAACCUGAAGAUGUGGCUGUGAAGUCAAUAGCACUGAUGGAUUGUCCAGAAAGCUUCUCACACACAAGGUACAAGGGGAGUUAUUCCUGGCCACUAACAAGUCCAGCCUCCGAAGCAGAGGUCAGCUGCAGGAAAAACCCUCUGCAGUCUGCUCAGAGGAGCUGUGCAAUUAAUAUUGAACUAGAGCAAGCUUUUUGGAAGGAACCAAACAUGACUAAAUGUAAACUACUGGAAAAACUUCCAAAUAGUAUUUUAGGCCUCCAAGAUAUCACGGUAACAGAAGAGAAUGCAGAAGAUGUUAUAGAGCAUAUUUUAUACCUCUUGCCAGAUGCAACACUGCAUGUGGAAGAAUUAGAAAUCAUUGCAAGUAAAAUUUCUGGUAUCGUACAGCUUGCAGAUGUGAGCAUGACACUUGCAGAGGCUGCAUUGUCUAUACUAGACUAUAUUUCACUGCAAGAAAUAGAAGAUCAGAACAUUAGAAAAAUAACCAAUACUAUCCUGCAGACAACUGAGGAGAUAGGCUACAAGGUGACUUGCGCAGGCAGAAAUACGUCGGUCAUAACCAAUUCCUCGGCUCUGUUGGUGUUGCGUCCAGAUCCCAGCACGUUUGGAGGACUGGCCUUUGGCAUUACCUCCUACAACAGAGGUGUGGAUCUCCAGAUCAAUGUGCAAGAAAACCCUUUCAAAAAUGCCUUGGCCUCAGUGUUUUUGCCCAAAUCCCUGAAGAACUUCCUAGGGAUCGAGCACUGUGACCCAGACAAGCAUUCGAAGAUCCAGUUUAAGUUUUUUGGCACUACUUCACUUUUCGCGGAUGACAGUUUAACGAUGAAGAAGUUGAACACUUUUGUUGUGAGUGCCAGUGUUGAAAAUGCAUCAAUUCAGAACCUUAAUGAGCCUGUGACUGUCACUCUUCGGCACAUAGACCAGAAUACGGGCAAUGCAGCAGUGCACUGCGUCUUUUGGGACUUUGGGAAGAACAAUGGACUGGGUGGUUGGAAUACAUCAGGGUGUGAAAUGGAAUAUACAGAUAUGAAUUACACAAUCUGUUUUUGUAACCAUCUUACCCAUUUUGGAGUCCUACUGGACUUGGCCCGGACAGAAAUAGAUGUCACACAUGAUCAUAUAUUAACUGUGAUAAGCUAUGCAGGAUGUGGUGCUUCUUCCCUUUUUUUGGGAAUAACGCUGGUGACAUAUUUAACCCUUGAGAAGCUGCGGAGAGACAAUCCUUCAAAAAUCCUGCUCAACCUUUGUGCUGCACUGCUGAUGCUGAACAUGGUCUUCCUCACCAAUUCCUGGCUGUCCUCAUUCAACCAGCCAGGCCUCUGCAUCACCAUGGCCAUGCUCCUUCACUAUUUCCUUCUUGCAGCUUUCACGUGGAUGUGCCUGGAGUCUGUUCACUUUUACUUGGCUCUUGUCAAAGUUUUCAAUGUUUAUGUCCCAAAGUACAUCCUAAAAUGCUGCAUUGCUGGCUGGGGAAUACCAGCUAUUGUAAUUAUUCUUGUGCUCAUUAUAAACAAAGACUUCUAUGGCAAUGGGUCGCACUCUGAGAACAAUCCUUACAGCAAUUUCUGCUGGAUUCAGGACAGUGGAGUGUUCUACAUCUCUGUUGUGGCCUAUUUCUUCUUGAUAUUUUUGACAAAUACAGCCAUGUUCAUCACUGUUCUCCUCCAAAUCCACUCUGUGAAGACAAGGACACAAAAGAGAUCCAGAUUCUUGAAACGGAGUGUUCUCCAAGACCUCAAAAGUGCUUUCAGCUUGAUGUUCCUUUUGGGCUUAACUUGGGGCUUUGCCUUUUUUGCCUGGGGAGAAGUGAGGAUAUUUUUCUUGUAUCUUUUCAGCAUUUUUAACACCUUGCAAGGGUUCUUUAUCUUUGUGUUUCACUGCCUAAUGAAGGAUGAGGUAGUGAAGCAGUGCCGAGUACACUUCUGCUGGGGAAGAUUCCGUCUGAGUAACUAUUCUGACUGGAGUGGGUCAGGUGCAACUGCAGGAUCUACACCAAAGCAUUUAAACCGCAAAUCACCAUCCCAGGCUUUGCAGAGUCUAAAUUCUAAUGGAACAAGUUCAACUUCCAAUGGUUCAGAUCUCCUUCCCAGGUCUUCUCCAGAUAGGAAUUUUAAGAUUGUUCUUUCCCAUAGCUGAAGUCCAUUACAACCCCAGUGCUGUAUCUCCAGAAGAUGGUGAGACCAAACAUCCUUGUUCACAAAGAACACUAACCAUGGAUACAGGACUGCACUAUCCACAGAAAGCAGGAUUUUUACACUGAUACUGAAUUUGUUUUCUUCUGAUUAUCUAGUGAUGGUUCUCCUCUGUGGAUGAAAACAAGCAUUGUUCAAAUAAUUACUUCUAAUGUACAGUUAUCACUCUGGACACAGUUAUCCCAUGACUCAACUCUAGGCUUCAGUGGAAUUUCAAUCCUGACCACACAAGGAUUUGCUGCCCCCAUGUUUCCAAGAUUAGUCCUCAUGUUAAACAGGGACUGGAAACAUUCUCUCCCUCUUCAUUAGUCCCUCCCAUAGUUCAUCUUUUUUUUACCCUUUACACCCUCCUGCCAUUUCUCUGUUUUCUUCUUCAUCUGAUACUUAUUGUCAUAGCCUAACACACAUAAUACUGAGUUUCAAGUGAUAUUUUUUAGCCUGCUGGUUGACUGCCCCAGGCACAGACAUAUCUUUCCUUACUUUUUCUGAAAUGGAGUUUGACCAACUUGGAAAUCAAGAAGUUGGACUCAGCCUCCAAGAUGUAUGUUUUUAUUUUCAGAUGUGCUGGCUCUGAUGAUCUGGUUUUAGAUCUCUAAAGAGAUGUAGAUGCACGUUUAAAUGUUUGAAAAUGUUGCCCAGUACCUUCAAAUGGAAUGUGGAAACAAUAAAAACUGAAAUUCCCACGUC